AUGUAUAAAACCAUAAGGCACGGUGAGAAUAGCCUACAGUAUACCAUACUACCACAAAAUGAUGAUUUUCGCCUGGAGGGCAAAAUCAAAUCGGCCGGUUCGAAAAAAUCCAAAACUAAAAAGCCACGUCGAAGAUCAUUUUUCGCCUAUUUGGGUUUACUGUUCGUGUGUACGGUCAUAAUCGGUGCGGUGUUGGUGCCAUUUUUGGUAUCUGCCGGCCUGCCCAAUCCCACAGAAUGGUUUCAAAAAACCAAGGCAGCUUUCACGCGGAGCUCAGCCCCCACCAUCAACACCCCGAGCAAGGAGAACAAAGAAAAUGUGCCCACCAACCCACAACAGCAACACACCGGAAGUGCUUUGGCCAAUGCCAUGCUUAACAAAGGCAAUUUGAUGGCUUUGAACAAAGCCAAUGUGGGUAAACCGGUGAAAAUUAUCAACAAGGAUGGUGUGGAGAAAAUUAUUUUAAAAUUAAAUAAAACCCUGCCCCAAGCCAUUGAUACAAAGGUGGAAAGUCAGGCAAACACCAUAGCUCCCGUUGCAGAUAAUGGCAUUGUAACAACUCUCAAAGAUGAUGCGAUACCGAAAAUUACCAUACAUGAUCUGGAGGAAGUACCCAAUUCAAUUACCACCGUCCAGCCGCAAUUGAAACCACAAACAACCAUGCGGACAACUGCUGCUACCAUUCCCGAAGUGUUAGCUGUAACCACAAGUAGUUCGGUAAUGGUUGCAGGAAAUCGCACAGUGAUUUCCAACUCAAUUCCCAAUGUUCCAAGGGCCUCUUUGCAAUCCUCAUUAAAUCAAAAUAACAAUCUGACAUCAUCCUCCUCUUCGUCCUCUACUUCGGGUAUAUCUGCAUCCUCAUCAUCUUCUACUCAGCCCACAAUUACCACCCGCAUCAUGCAGGUGCCAUUGCUAAAAUCCACCGCCAAGAAACCGGCCAUACCACCAGUACUCGUCAAAAAUCUAUCACCUAUACAACCUACACCUGAAACUAAUAAUAACAACAACAAUUUGAAUGAUAUCAUUCCCUCCAAAACGUUAACAGCCAAUACAAAUAAUAUUAAUAAUAAUAAAAUGUUGAACGCCAACCCAGAUUCCGAUUGGAUACACACCCAUUGGCCAUACAUAGAUCCAUCAACCUAUUUCCAAUGGAAUGGUUAUAAAACUGAGGACAGCGUUUUAUUGCCAGCCUUAUUGGGUUUUGCUUUAAUUGGUGUCAUUCUCAUCAUAACUGUCUGUUUGGUGGCACGCAACAAAAGGACCAUUGUCACUUCAGUUCGUAAGAGGAAUCGUAAUGACAUUGAAGAAACUGGCGGCGAGGAUAAUACCACCUUAUUAACCAAUACUAAUUUAUCAGAUGAAGAUUAA